AUGAUACUAUUACCGUUCUUAUCAAUAUCAGCUUUACUGACACUGGUAUCUGCUUUCAGCUUCUCUUUCUCGACUUCGGAUUUGGUUUCAUGUGGACAAGUAACGGUGAGAUGGCAGGGCGGUAGUCCACCUUUCAGUCUCACCAUAUUGCCAGCUUACGAUUAUCCUGUGAAUGUGUCAUUACCUUCUUCGGCGUGGGACGGAUCUGCGGGUUCGUAUAGUUGGACCAGCUCACCUCUAGACCCAGCAAAGACUCAGCUGGUAGCAAUGAUGUCCGACUCUACUGGCCUGGGUGUAGGUACCUUCAUCACUUCUGCCCUGUUUCCCAACCCGACUACUGCUAAAUAUAGAUUCUACCUGAAUGAGACGAGCGUGAACCAAUGUGAAAACGUACAGAUCUACUGGGACAAAUCGGCCGUAGCGCCUGUCCGGAUCAUAGGAGCUAUUCCUGGUGGUCAGGUCUUUCAGUUCGUCGCCCAAACCUCGACUUCUUUAGCAUGGAAGACAAACAUCGCUGCUGGCACUCAAUUCCUACUGGCCGCUUUCGAUGCAGGCAGCAAUGGUCAAGGAGGCUCAUCUGCUCUCUUGACGGUGGGAGGCUCGUCCGACAGUACAUGUCUAGAUGACUCGUCACCAUCAUCUACCCCAGCAUCCUCUCCUAGUAACACUGCGUCAUCGACAUCAGGUGGGGGUGUAAAGACAGUCACUGCGAUUGCUACAUCAGUACCAGGAGCGGCUGGUCUGAGCGCUGGAGCUAUAGCUGGUAUCGUCGUCGCCGCCGUCGUUUGCGUCAUUAUCCUCCAAGCCGCUCUAUUAUGGUUCUGCUGUCGACGUCAGAUCGCAGCUCUACGACUCCAUCGUAAACAAAUGCGAGGUCGAGAAGUCAAACCUGAUGGCGAUGUCGAUCUCGUCUCCACCAUCCACGGCAGUGUACGAGACGACGACGCCAGUAUGCACUCUGUCCCCAACUCGCGUGCUCACCGAUUAUCAGACGUUCGAACGUAUGCCACUUCUGCUCGAAUCGGUCAAACAGGACGUUCGAGCGUGGAUGAUAGAUACGAUGCAGAAUCUUCCAUUUCACCAUUCAUGGAUGGACCGAGAGUUCCAGGUCUUAUGGAAUCCAUACCCAAUUCACCUAAUCGACCCUACUCCUCGACUCCGUGGGAUUCUCCUGGUUCUUCCAACAUACUCACGGAUCCUCCUCGUUUACCUCAUAUCCGUACAGGUUCUCUCUCCUCGAAUACCUCCCUCAGACAGCCCCUAAUGGGAACAGAUGAACCUCUUUCCGCUCAAGCAAGACGUAUUUCCGUAUGGAAUCAACCUCAGAUGACCGGUUUUGCAAGUGGAAGUGGGAACGCGAGUCGAGGCCCUCAACCUGGAACAAAAGCCCACAUGGCAGCCACGAUGUCUGCCACCAACCCGGAUCACCGAGAUCCUCUGGACGGAAUGAGGUUACCACCCCAGAACGCCCCUCCUCGAGGGUUCAGAAGACAUGAGGAUGCUGGACCGGCUGAUGCGGUCGAAGAUGGGAUGGAAGAUCUUCCGCCAAUGUACGACGCUUCGUGGGAGACUAGGUCGGAGAGGGGAGGAGAAUCGAGAUGA